UGAUGUAGGCUUGCACCUCCCUCUCUCGACGAGUAGGGCGCAUGCGGUGUAUCGGGAUUUUGCUAGCCUAGCUGUAGGAAGCUGUACCUCUCUGUGUGAAACGAUCAACCAAUAAGGCCUUGCUGAAACAUCGGUAACGAGCUAGCUAGGUCUCUCUCUCUCUCCAAUUCUUUGUUCUGUUAUAUUUUAUGUUAGCGGCAGUUCAGGUCGUUGUCUUUAUAGGUAGGCUAAUCCACAUAAAAUGACCGAUCAAUCAUCACUGUUGCUUCGAAAACAACUGGCAGAGCUCAACAAGAACCCAGUGGAGGGAUUUUCUGCCGGUCUCAUAGACGAUGAUAACAUCCAUCAGUGGGAGGUGGUUGUUAUUGGCCCUCAAGAUACAUUAUUCGAGGGUGGUUUCUUUAAAGCCUACCUGACCUUUCCCCAUGACUACCCACAUAGGCCUCCGAAGAUGAAGUUCAUCACAGAAAUAUGGCAUCCCAAUGUUGCAAAGAAUGGUGACGUGUGUAUCUCCAUCCUGCACGAGCCCGGAGAGGACAAGUUUGGCUAUGAGAAGCCUGAGGAGCGCUGGCUGCCCAUCCACACUGUAGAGACCAUCAUGAUCAGUGUCAUCUCCAUGCUGGCCGACCCGAACGGCGACUCACCCGCCAACGUGGACGCAGCCAAAGAAUGGAGAGAGGAUCCUUGCGGAGAGUUCAAGAGGAAGGUGGCUCGCUGUGUACGAAAGAGUCAGGAGAUGGCGUUUGACUAGGCCCCCUCCCCCACCAUUGCCACACACCCAAAUUUUAACAUCGGGAGAUGGAUCAUGUCACUCUUCAAUAAAGACUUUUGCACCAGUGCUCUGCUCUUAGGAAGAUGUGGAAUAAAAAGCCAGCCCUUUUUCUUUAGUUGUGUAAAUAGGGUUGUCUCAUUUCUUCUAUGUGGAGGAAAAAACAUCCCCUCGUGGUUAUUGCCCAGUUUUCACCUUAGACUUAUUUAUUUAAAUAAUUAUGACAACUCAAGAUGCAUGUUUUUGUUUUGAAGAGCUUAUUCUUUAUUUUCAACCUGCCACUGAGCCAUCUACUUUUGACUUGUCUCUUAUGCAAUUGGAGUUUGGAGCAAUUGUGGUCAUUGAAGAGAUACCAACCAACAAUGGCUUUCGUUGCCCCCGUUCUUUACCUAUGGAAGCCCAUUCCUUCCAAAGUGUUCUGCAAAGUCCUUUCUCUCAAAAGGGUUAAUACACUCUGCUGCCUUAAGUUGUUUCCCUGUAAUCUAAGGAAACUGUCUCCAGUGAUGUCUGUUUUCUUCAAUUUUUGAUCAAUAAUUUUUGGGGGAUAAACAAACCUAAGAAUAUUAGCAUGAGGAAAAUAUAAUAUUUUUUGUAAUAAAGAUCUCAGCUCUAAUUGUAUAUGUAAAUAUUAUGUACUGUAUAUCAGAUCUCAAGUUAUGUCUUUUGGUUUUCCCCUUCAUGUACUUGAUUUUCCUUGCUGUUAGUCUUGAUUUCCUUUGUAGGAUAUUUUUCAGGGACGUGUGUUCUGUGUCAUUUUUCCUUUACGUCUAUCCUUGUGAGUAAUUAUUUAACCUUUGGUCACCUGUUAACAUCUACAGAAAGAAAGGUAAUCACUUUUCAGAUGGUUGUCUUUUGUUUAAAAGUAGUUUGUGUAGUCUCAAGGAUGUGAAUAAGGCGAUGCCAGUUUUGGUUGAAUGUCCACACCAGUAUUGCCAUUUUCUCCUGUGGAAGCAGAUUACACUAGCCCUUUGCAACAGCACAAUUUCUAUCCACGAGAUGCUUGAGUGUUACGCAAGUUAUUCAUGCAAUGCAAAGAAUCAAAAUAAUGAAAGUGGUGAUGGAUUGUUAGAACAAGCAAUAAGACUUGUAGCUCAAUAGUUUAACUGAUAGUAAUACCUAUUCACCUGUGUGGAGUGAAGACUGGCAUGAGUUGUGAAAUCACAGGUUUUUACACCCACCUUGUUUAACUUGAGCCCAAUAAAGUUUUUAAAACAGUAA